CAGGUACUCUCUCAAUCCCAAUCUCUAUCGUUUCUCUUCUUUUCAACCUAUUCCACUUCAAUCGGCUUCGGUUCUCCAUUUUCAUAAACCGAGACCCUCGGUUAGGUAAAAACCCUGCAAAACCCAACCCCUGUUCAUCACUAAUCGUUACUCGUUAGAACAGAGAGGCGGCGCGGUGGUGGCGGCGACUCGGCGAUGGUAAUUGUCACUCCAUGGAACCAUGGAUUGGGAAUCGCUGCCUUCCACUGGCGUAGUUAAUAGAACAUUAGAGCUUGUUUGGAGGAAAUAGUUCAAGUUCUUCCAUUUUCUUUUCAUAGUAUUCUUUGUGGAGUCCCUUUCUAGCUGUGGAAAUUUAAAGCAUUGUUAUGCCGACGUUAAAACUACCAACUAGUGGUCUCCCGCCAUUUCUAUUCAAAUCUAAUUACUUUGCUUCUCCUACCCAGAACCCAAUAAAGCUAUUGAAACUUGCUGCAGACGCCAAGAACUUAAAAUUUGGUAGAAUAAUCCACGCCCAUUUGAUCAUUACCAAUCACACCCCUGGAGACUGCAGAGUGAACCAAAUUAAUUCACUUAUUAAUUUCUAUGCGAAAUGUGAUGAACUAUUAGUUGCCCGGCAGAUGUUUGAUCGUAUGCCUAAGCGAAAUGUGGUCUCUUGGAGUGCUUUAAUGGCUGGGUACAUGCAAAAUGGUAGCUCCUUGGAAGUUUUUCGGUUGCUGAAAAAGAUGGUUGUGGAGGAUGAUAUUUGCCCGAAUGAAUAUGUUAUUGCCACUAUUGUAUCUUCUUGUUGUGGUAGCCAAAUGUAUGUUGAAGGGAAGCAGUGCCAUGGGUAUGCGUUAAAGUCUGGCUUGGAGCUUCAUCAAUAUGUUAAAAAUGCACUUAUUCAGAUGUACUCUAAAUGUUCAGAUGUGAGAGCAGCAAUGCAGAUCUUGGAUACUGUGCCUGGCUAUGACAUAUUUUGUUACAACUUGGUUCUAAAUGGGCUAUUAGAGCACAGUCAUUUGAGGGAGGCUAUAGAAGUUCUUAACUUAAUGAUUGGUGAAGAAAUAGAAUGGAAUAAUGCCACUUAUGUUACAAUUUUUCGCCUUUGUGCUAGUCUUAAAGAUUUAGAAUUAGGUAAGCAAGUUCAUGCCCAAAUGUUGAGGAAUGACAUUGACUAUGAUGUCUAUAUUGGAAGUUCUAUCAUUGACAUGUAUGGGAAAUGCGGUAAAGUGCUGAGUGGAAGAACCUUUUUUGAUCGGUUGCAAAGCCAAAACGUGGUUUCUUGGACAACAAUCAUGGCAGCUUAUUUUCAGAAUGGAUUCUUUGAAGAAGCCUUGAAUCUGUUUUCAAAGAUGGAAAUUGAUUGUAUUCCUCCCAAUGAAUAUACACUGGCUGUAUCGUUAAACUCUGCUGCAGGUUUGUCUGCACUAAGCCAUGGAGAUCAGUUACAUGCACGUGCUGAGAAAUCAGGUCUCAAAGGCAAUGUUAUUGUAGGAAAUGCCUUGAUCAUUAUGUAUUCCAAGAGUGGGGACAUUUUGGCCGCACAACACGUGUUCUCAAAUAUGAUUUGUUGUGAUUCCAUUACCUGGAAUGCAAUAAUAACUGGCCACUCCCACCAUGGUCUUGGCAAGGAAGCUUUAAGCAUGUUCCAGGAUAUGUUGGCUACUGGAGAGUGUCCCAAUUAUGUAACCUUUAUUGGUGUUCUCUCUGCCUGUGCCCAUUUAAGUCUGGUGCACGAAGGAUUCUACUAUUUUAAUCAUUUGAUGAAACAGUUUGGUAUUGUUCCUGGACUGGAGCACUAUACCUGCAUUAUUGGACUCCUAAGUCGAUCUGGACAGCUAGAUGAAGCUGAGAAUUUUAUGAGGUCAAAUCCAAUCAAUUGGGAUGUCGUUGCCUGGCGCACCCUUCUCACUGCUUGUUAUGUUCAUAGAAAUUAUGAUAAAGGGAAGCAAAUAGCAGAGUACUUGCUACAGAUGGACCCUGAGGAUGUCGGAAGUUAUAUUCUAUUAUCAAACAUGCAUGCGAGAGUUAGGAGGUGGGAUGGUGUUGUUAAGAUCCGGAAAUUGAUGAGGGAAAGAAAUGUCAAGAAAGAACCUGGAGUGAGCUGGUUGGAAAUAAGAAAUAUUGCCCACGUUUUUACAUCUGAAGAUAAUAAACACCCUGAGUCCAGUCAGAUAUAUGAAAAGGUACGGGACUUGUUAUCUAGGAUUCAACCAUUGGGGUAUGUUCCUGAUAUCGCUGGUGUAUUGCAUGAUAUUGAUGAUGAGCAAAAGCUAGACAAUCUAAGCUAUCACAGUGAGAAGCUUGCCGUAGCAUAUGGCCUGAUGAAGACGCCAUUAGGUGCACCAAUCCGUGUUAUUAAGAACCUUAGGAUGUGCGAUGAUUGUCACACUGCUGUCAAACUCAUUUCAAAGGUUGCAAAUAGGGUUAUAAUUGUUAGAGAUGCCAAUCGUUUCCAUCAUUUUGAAGAUGGUUGUUGCUCGUGUGGAGAUUAUUGGUGACAACUUUGAUGAGUUCCACGGUGGUUUGGAUUAUUUGAUGAUAAAAAAUUCCAACCUAUGAUCCUAUGGUAAUGGAGAUAUCAAUAUACCCCUGUUCAAGUCUAAUAUUAGGAUCACAUGAAACAAGUUGAGCCAACUAGGUUCGCAUGGACUGCAGGCAUGGCUGGUUUUACUAUCAUAUUCUACAAGAGUAGCCUUGUUUGGACUCAAACUUUUUGAGGUUUUAGAGUUUCGAGACCUU